UUACGGCGGUACGCUCAUCGCUAGUGUGGCGAGGAGGUUGACACCAUGCGACGCUCUUUCCUCGCUGCUCGGCUGCUGCUGUUGGCGUCUGGUGCGAGGAUAGAAAUGUUGAUGGCAGGUUGUUUGGCUCCUCGAGACAGCGUCAAGUGCCGAAUGCUGUGGAAUAAGCAUCUGUGUCGGAACUUUGGCUGCACAAGCCAUUCCCCUCGAGCCACAAUGUUCAAACUGAGAAGCAAGAAGGACGUCAAUACCGAGUACAAGUGCACCAUACGCCUGCUGGACGACAGCGAAGUGUUGCAGUGUGAUUUUCAGCAUCUCUGCAAACGCCAAUACAUACUUGACUAUGUGUGGAAUGCCUCGAACCUUUUGGAGAAGGACUACUUUGGCCUCAGAUAUGUCGAUAGUCACAAGCAGCGGCACUGGCUGGAUCUCACAAAGCCGGUGAUCAAGCAGGUGAAAGGUAUGAAUCCCAUCGUGUUCUGCUUCCGUGUCAAGUUCUAUCCUCAGGACCCCUUCCGGCUCAAGGAAGAAAUAACGAGGUACCAGAUUUUUCUUCAGCUGAGAAGAGACCUGCUCCAUGGACGCCUCUAUUGCCCUCCAAAUGACUCUGCUUUUCUUGCCGCUUUGAUCAUUCAGUCUGAACUGGGAGAUUAUGAGAGUGAGGAGCAUGGGGACAACUAUGUCUCCGAGUUCAAACUUCUCUUGAAACAGACUCCUCGUCUGGAGGAGAUUGCUGAGAUUCACCAGCAGCAGCUCAGGGGCCAAGUACCAGCUGUGGCAGAAGCCAACUUUUUACGCAAGGCUUGUCUCCUCGACACAUACGGUGUGGACCCUCAUCCUGUCAAGGACCACAAGUUAAAUCAGCUGUACUUGGGCAUCAAUUAUGCGGGCAUCCUUACAUUUCAAGGCAGUCGCAAAACCCAUCACUUCAAGUGGCCUGACAUUCAGAGAAUCAACUACAAAGGAAAGAUGUUCAUCAUUCACCUAAUGUUCCCCGAGAAGAAGCAUUUGAUGGGUUUCAAGUGUCCAACCCAAUCUGCCUGCCAUCACCUGUGGAAGUGUGCCGUUGAACAGUGCUAUUUUUACAUCAUACCUUCUUCCAGUGAAGUGCCAUCUGUGACCACUGGUGGUGGAUUUUUCUCACGAGGUUCCCGUCUUCGGUACAGUGGCCGCGUGGAGCGGGAAGUAAUGGACGACAUGAAGAAUAUUAGGAGAGACCCACCCCAGUUCCAUAGAACACUGACACGGCAGCCCUCCUUCCUACAGAAGACUGCUGCAUCAACGACAACGGAACUGCCAAAUUCACCAUCCCGACUGCUCAAUGAUGGUUCACCAUUGCGGAGCUCUGUCGGACCAGUGACAAGCCAGCAACACAGCCAGCAGCAGAGCCAGCAGCCCCCGAUAUCUCAAGAUUCAGGCGACGGCUUUGCCAUUGACGAGCAGCCAAAGAGGCUUGGCACACCCCUCGAGCUUCUCGACUCCGGUGAGUCCGGUGAAGAGAACGGCUCUUCAGUGCUGCGAUCUCCAAAUCACGACCUCCAUGUUGACUUGGUUGUAAAACCUUAG